AUGAAUCGAUCAUGUGUUCAAUUGAGGGAUUUACCCGAUAAACUUCUUAUUUUUAUUUUCAAACAAAUAAACAAUGUUGAAGUUCUUUAUUCUUUAUUUGGUGUCAAUGAACGGUUCGAUUCUAUUCUACAAGAUUCUAUUUGUACAAAUCAUUUCAAUUUCUUGAAAUGUUCUUUGAGGAAAUUUCUCAGCAUAUUUUCUCCCGAUAUUAUCUUUCAUCGAUUUUGUGUAGAAAUUCUACCAGCAAUUCGUGAGAAAAUUCAAUGGCAUGACUUUGACUCAUCAUCUAUGAAACAAAUUCUGUGUGCUGCUGAUUAUCCUAAUUCACUUGGAUUGGGUCUAUUCAAUAUCGAAGUAGAAACAAUUUGA